UGACGGCAUCAAGAAAUCAUCCGACGUGGAUGCGUUCGCCAACCUCGACGAAUGAAGUCGGCCUGCACAACUUUGUUAAGAUUCGCCUCCUCGGCUCGGGUACGUGCGGUCGCGUCUACCUCGUCAAGAGCAAGGGGCUGCCGUUAACGGGUCAUUUUGCCAUGAAAGUGAUCAACAAGUCAGAUGCAGUGCGUCAUGAGCGAGUGCAGCGGACCAUGACAGAGCGGGAGAUACUGGCCUUUGCGGACCAUCCAUUCAUCGUCAGGUUAUACUACGCGUUUCAGACCAAGCGAUUCCUGUACAUGGUCAUGCAGCUGUGUGAAGGCGGCCACUUGCAUCAAACGAUCCGAGCCCAACCGCACGGGUUUCUCUGCGAGGACAUGGCUCGAUUCUACGCCGCCGAAGUGCUCGUGGUGCUCGAAUACUUGCACAUGAUGGGGGUGCUGUACGAAGAUCUGAAACCCAAGAACAUCCUUCUGCGUGCAAAUGGCCACAUCGUCCUCUGCGACUUCGAUGCGAGCUCAAUUGUGAAUCCCCUCGAACAUUCGGCGACGUCGGUGCCUUCCCCGCGGCGGCGGCGCCGGCGAUGGCCAUGGGACUGCAUCACGCGGUGCAUUCAGUCGUGCUGGGGGUCAAAUCAAGUAUCGCCAUUGGAUGCAAUCAUGCCCCCGACAUUCCACGCAUUCUCCAACGGUAGCAAGGGCCCUAAGUCGUUUGCGAGCAUCGAGUACAUUGCCCCUGAGGUCCUGGCCUCCCACAAGGGCCACCGCUUCGUGCAUGCGAUCGACUGGUGGGCGUUCGGAGUCCUCCUGUACCAAAUGCUCUUUGCAAAAACUCCAUUUCAAGGCGACAACGACGACGACACCCGCCAAAACAUCUUACACGACGACCUGGUGCUUCCGUAUUCGCCUGCGGUGUCCCCGUCGUGUCGCGACUUGCUCUUCCUCCUUCUGGACAAGAAUGUUCGGACGCGACUGAAGUCGAACGGGCCGAUCAAGGCGCAUGCGUUCUUCAGCUCCAUCAAUUGGGCUCGAAUUCAAGACGAGAUGCCGCCACUCAUUCCAAAGCCCAUACGCCUCACGCCGGCGUUGACGGACCAGCUUGAAGACCCACCGUGCGCGUGCGACCUCGUCGCCCCCGACGACGACCAGUUCUACUCGUUCAAUUUUACUCGGACGUGCAUGGGCGACGAUUUGCCCCUGUGACAUCAAUCAUGACAACUCAAUCCUUGCCAUUCUUGCCCUGUGGCAAUCGAGUUGGAAGCGAGGAGACCACAACGGCCUCGAACGUCGCAGCACAUGCACAACACAUGACAUCGCUUCAAAUCGACUGCCUUCGUCGUUUAUCAUGGCCCCACACCAAGGCGUUCGUCGUGUGUUCAGCGUCCUGGCGUUAACAUCGUAAACAGAGCGCUCGCGAUUUGCUGGAA